GAGAUCUCUUACUCUGUGAUUUAAUUUUUUUUUUAUUAUUAAUAUUUCCCCGUAAAAAAUAUUAGUCAUCAUCUCCUCAGUCGUUUUCUUUGUUGCUAAUUUAACUGACGCCUUAAAAUAAAAAAUCCAUCAGUUGAUAUUUUCCGUGACAUUUUUUUAUUCAAACACUCAGUAAAUAAAUAUCAACAAUGGCUUUGGUGCCGCUCGAAUCAAAUCCUGAUGUUAUGACGAAGUUCAUUCACCAAAUCGGAGUUCCAUCAAAGUGGGCACUCCAUGAUGUCUAUGGCCUUGAUCCUGAGUUAUUAGCGAUGGUCCCCAAGCCGGCGUUAGCUUUGAUUCUGCUGUACCCAGAGUCUGAAAAGGCACAGGCUUACGCUGCUGAAUUGGAAGCUAAAAUAAAAGAGGAAGGCAGAGAACCACCAGAAAAUGUGUUCCAUAUGCAGCAGUGCGUUCCCAACGCUUGUGGAACUGUUGCUUUGAUCCACGCAAUUCUCAAUAAUCUUGACCAAAUCGAGUUAGAAGACGGAAUCCUGAAAAACUUUUUAGAAGAAGCCAAAGAUUUGUCUUUCGUUGAACGAGGCAAAUUACUAAUGAAUACAGCAAGUGAAAUAAUUGACGCCCAUGAACAAUUAGCUCAGGAAGGACAAACUCCAGCGCCGCAGGAGAAUGCACCAGUUUAUCAUCAUUUUGUGGCGUUCAUUGAAAAAGACGGGUCUUUAUAUGAGCUGGAUGGUCGCAAAUCAAUUCCCAUAAACCAUGGGCCCACAACCAAAGACACGUUGCUGGAGAAUGCUGCUAAAGUUUGCGGCGAGUACAUGGCCCGUGACCCAGAAGAAGUCCGCUUCACAAUGAUUGCCCUGGUGGCCAGUGAUCAGUGAUUCACAAUCUUUCGACAAAUGAUUAUCAAAUAAUCUUUACUUAUCACUAAGAAAAAUAUAAAAUAUAUCAAAAUUAGUUUUUACAAUUAUUUUCACAAGGAAUUGAAUCAAACAAACAAAUAACUCAGUAUGCAAUAAAAUUUUGACUGAAUUUAUGUAUUUUUAAAAAUUAUGUAAAACUUUUUACUACAAAUGAUUGUGAUGAUUUUUUAUAAACGUGUACUCAAUGGAACUUUGAAUUUCCAUUAAA